CUCCAGGGACCCCAGCCUUGCAUCCCGGUGGGUCACUGCGAGGGACGAUCAGCCAUGGUCUCUCCGCGGCUCCGGGGCUGUGGAAUCCACGCCCUCCUGGUGUUGCUGCUGCUGCUACUGCUGCUGCUCCCGCUGCGGGUGUCAUCGGGCACCACAUGUCCAACCCCCAUAUCCGUUGAGCAUGCCGAGAUUCGGGUCAAGAAUUACAGCGUGAACUCCUGGGAGAGGUAUGUCUGUAACUCUGGUUUCAAGCGGAAAGCUGGCACAUCCACCUUGACUGAGUGUGUGAUGAACAAGAACACAAACACUGCCCACUGGACAACUCCCAACCUCAAGUGCAUCAGAGACCCCUCCCUGCCUCACCAGAGUCCAGUGUCACCUUCCACAGUAGUGACGCCAAAGGCAACCCCACAGUCAGAGAGCCCUUCCCUUCCUGAAAAAGAGCCAGGAGAGUUGCCUCCCAAAUCAGAUACCACAGUGGCCACAGAGACAGCUACUAUGCCUGGCUCCAGGCUGACACCAUCCCAACCAGCUUCCGCAGAAACUGCAGAGACAGGCAGUCAUGAGUCCUCCCGAGCCCCAUCUCUUGCAAGAACAAUAACAUUGGAGCCUACAGCCUCCACUUCCCUCAGGAUAACAGAGAUUUCUCCACACACUUCCAAAAUGACAAAAGUGGCCAUCUCCACAUCGGUCCUCCUGGUUGGUGUAGGGUUUGUGGUGGUUUUCCUGGCCUGGUUCAUCAGAUCGAGACAAACUUCUCAGCCACAUGGUGUUGAGGUGGAAACCAUGGAAGCAGUACCAAUGACUGUGAGGACCAGCAGCAAUGUUGAAGACACAGGAGCCUAACCAUGUGACCUCAGAAACUCAGGGAAACCUGCCCAGCUGAGGGGCGAUGUGAAGGCAGCUCUGUGUUAGCUACGGAGCACUUGGACACAGAGAGCCAGGCACCAGGAGAAAGCCUACUGUGAUAACAUAAGUCUCUGGUAUAAACUGUUUUACUAUGCCUGGGUGCCUCCCAUAUGCACACCUGGCUCUCCAGCACCAAGAAGGACACCACCCUUCCUCCUGGCUCAGCACAGAAGCCAAUUUCCCAAACUGCAAGCAGCUUGAGCUCUCUUGGGAGUCUCAUGGUCUUUACAAAGGCCUCUAACUUUACUACGACAUUAACUCAAAACAGCUCAUCUGUUAGACUCUCUUUUCUGUUUCCUUCCUUGGUUUACAGUUUACAGGGAUUAGCAAUACACCCGAGGCUCUUAUUGCACUCCAAGGCUUCUCUGGUACAGGAGAUGUCUGUGAAGAAAACGGCAGCGUUCGAGCUCCUGAAGACUCGGCUGUUGCUACUUUGCACGUAUUAGAAGAGAUCAGAGAGAGACAGAAGAGAUAUUGAGCCAAUGAACACUUUUGUAUAGAAUUCAUGACAAAAAUUAAACUCAGUGACUUUAUAUAUAUGUAAAAUUGUAUUUAUACAUUUAUACUUCCUUUUCUAUCUACAUAUUGUAUAUGAUUUAUAUUUGAAAGUGCCUUGUA